CUCGGCGUCGUCCCCUCGGCUCAUGCCCCAGAAGCAGGUCCCGACUCCACGGCCCGACGGCCCUCCAGACGCAUCCACCUCAACGCCACCGGCUACCAGGCCGUCGGUGACGCGCUACGCCUGCGCCGCCGCGCCGCCCCGUGACGUCAUGGCGCCCGCGCCGCCGCCGUCCCUGCGGUCGCGUGGGUCUUUUCCUAGUAGCCUGGGCGAUAGCUGUGAAUGUUCACAAGGAUUGUCUUCAGUCAUGGCCUUGGGUUUAAGAUGCUUCCGCUUGGUCCACCCUGUCUUUUGUAACUCCCUUGCAGCCUUGACCAGACCUGCCUUGGAAGUGACGCCGAAGACAGUGAGUGGCAGACAAAAUGACCGUGGGCAAUACAUGGCCUCACCAGCUGUACCAGUCCGUCAUUUUGCUACCAAGAAAGCCAAAGCCAAAGGGAAAGGACAGUUCCAAACCAGAGUGAAUCUUAAUGCUGCCUUGGUUGAGGAUAUAAUCAGCUUGGAAGAGGUGGAUGAAGAAAUGAAGUCUGUGAUGGAAGCACUGAAAGAUAAUUUCAAUAAGACUGUCAAUAUACGGACCUCACCAGGAUCCCUUGAUCAUAUCACUGUGGUAACUGCUGAUGGGAAGCUUGCUUUAAACCAGAUCGGCCAGAUCUCCAUGAAGUCUCCACAGCUGAUUUUGGUGAAUAUGGCCAGUUUCCCAGAGUGUACAGCUGCAGCUAUCAAGGCUAUAAGAGAAAGUGGAAUGAAUCUGAACCCAGAAGUGGAAGGGACGCUAAUUCGGGUACCGAUUCCUAAGUAA